AUGAAUGGUAUUCGCUCGGGCGAAGUGGGCCGCAUCAUUGACAUCGCAGAGGCGAUGGAGUCCGAGUCGGCGGAGGCAGCUCGAGAUGGGCCUUUGCUGGCAUGUCCACCAGCGGUCGAGCCAGCAGCCGAUCCUCUCAAAGAGGCACAGCCUAGCGCGGAGAGGGUGCAGACGGAGGGGGUGCGGAUGGAACUCCAGGGCGUUCUGUUUGCCGCAGCAGAGGCAGGAGAUUUGGCCACUGUUUUGCGAGAUGCCACUUCCAAACCAGCCGAUCCCGCCGCUAAUCCAGCAGUGGCACCUCCCGAGGAGAAGCUUGCCACGGAGGGGGUGCGGAUGGAGCUCCAGGGCGCUCUGUUUGCCGCUGCAGAAGCCGGCGACCUGAUCACAGUGCUGCAGGAGGCCACGUCCCAGCCGGCCGACCCCGCUGCUCAGUCGCCAGCACCUCCCGAGGAGAAGCUUGCCACGGAGGGGGUGCGGAUGGAGCUCCAGGGCGCUCUGUUUGCCGCUGCAGAAGCCGGCGACCUGAUCACAGUGCUGCAGGAGGCCACGUCCCAGCCGGCCGACCCCGCUGUUCAGUCGCCAGCACCUCCCGAGGAGAAGCUUGCCACGGAGGGGGUGCGGAUGGAGCUCCAGGGCGCUCUUUUUGCAGCUGCAGAAGCAGGCGACCUGACCAGAGCGCUGCAGGAGGCCACGGCCCAGCCAGUCGGCUGUGCCACCACGCAAACAGUGGAUCCUCCCGAGGGCGAUCAGCUUGGCACAGAGGUGCAGCAAGAGGCCACCUUCCAGCCAGCUGGUCCCGGCGGGUCGCCUUUCAUACAGUAA